AUGUUUUUCAAAGUGCCCAGAACUUAUUUCCGCCGUCAUGCUUCCUUCUGGCAAAAGUCACAAUCGAUGCCGUGGCAGCUGAGCUCUGAUCUCGAGGUGACGGAGAGCACAGUCAAGGCAGCUUUCAAUCAUCUUAUCAGUAGUGAGGUGGCCGAAGCAUUUCCGAACCACUGCUUUUGCUUUUUUAUUGACGGCCUGGACGAGUACGAGGCAAUAAUCCAGACGGACCAUGCAGAUCUGGCUGCACUACUCAACAGCUGGACAGAGGCGGGCCUUUCAUCUCGCAACAUCAAGCUGUGUGUCUCCAGCCGUGAAUACAACUCCUUCAUGAACCUGUUCUCCGACGACAGGCGGCUGCGGCUUCAUGAGCUUACUCACAGCGACAUGGUCGCCUGUGUAAGAGACAAGCUUGACCGCAUAUCUGGGUCGAAUGGUUUCGACCAGUUGGUCGAAGACAUUGUGGAGAAAGGACAGGGUAUUUUUCAGUGGGUUGGGAUUGUGUUCAAGAAUAUGAGAUACGAGAUCGACAACGCAACUACCGAGGCCCAAGAGUUCACAGACUCGCUGAAGAUGUUGCCAAGCGAGAUAAACGACCUCUACAAGCACAUAUUUGACUCUCUGCGUGAUACAAAACGUGCAUACCGCACAUUGGCAACGGCGUUGCUUCCUUUUCCGUGGAGGCCUACUCUCUUUUUCCAAGAUUAUGAGCAGGACAGGAGUUUCGUUGUAGGCAAUUCAUUUCCUGCCACGACAGAAUCAUCACGGCACAAGCUUGGUAAAACACGCCUCCGUGGGUGGUGCGGUGGACUACUCGAUACCAGAACAGUCACCCUGGGAGGAGUCCAACGGCUCUACGCUGCGCAUCCAUAUACGAUGGAAGUUGUGCAAUUUACCCACCGCUCGGUCAGAGACUUCCUUGAACACCCCGAUGGUCAACAGAAGAUGCUGGAGCUUCUUGAAGGCUUUGAUGUCUUGGACGCAAUUUCGCAAAUGCACCUCGCACAUUUACGAAUGUUUCGCGAGAAUUGCCCGGGCUUCGAUACCUCAUAUAUAUUAUUUCGUGAACGGCACAGGAAUGGCUCAGACAAAAGUCCCUACAUUUUCCUGGAAGCAUGGGAUAAAUUCUGCCCUGAUAACGACUCUCUUGAGCCCAGCCCCGGGCACUAUGACGUCCUUCUUCCAGCGGGCGACAGUGCCUAUGGGUUAGCAACUUGUGCAUUUUGGGGUCAGAGGGUGGUCCGUGACAUAAUAGAAACAGAUAUCGGGUGGAUGAACCGCUUUAUUUCCACCGGCAUCUGGUUAGGCCCAUCACGGAAAAUGACAAAUGACCCAACUGUCACCGAUAGCUCCCACAAAGUGGGGUUGCUCGCAAAUCUCAUACUUAACUGCCACAGAGAGAGAACAACUCAUGAGGAAGAAGACUUUGCCAUGUUGGACUUUCUCUUUGACAAAGGCCUAAGCGACCCAACACAUCCUGGGGCCAGCAUUAACAGGAGUCGCGAUGUUCAAGUUGAACCGGACGUGAGUGGGAUGCCUCAAUUGACCACUUGGCACCGUUUCUUACUGUAUGAGUGGAUGUAUCAGCAUGCGGAACGAGUAUGGGGUGGUCGCCUACCGCACGAGCAGCUUGACGCAAGAUUUGGAGAAGCGGUAGCGUGGUUUCUCAGAAAGGGCGCCGACCCGUACUUCUUUGCGAGAAUAGAGGUUGUCAGGUGGCCAUAUUUCAAAGACGAGCUCGAAUCAGUAAGUCGAGAUCGACAAAUCAGCGCUUAUCAUGGCCCUCUCAUCCGUCCCAACAGCCUUCGCAGCUUUCGAAAGAUAACGAUUCAGUUUCAGAAGAGGAUGGCCAAUGGAGAUACAGAACAAUUUGUUCUUAAAGAAGAGAUCCCCGCUUGUUUCCAUCUGUAG